AUGCUGUCCUUAAAAGAUUCUUCUUCCUCAUUAUGCUUUAAUUUUGAAAGUAUUGAUAAUUUGGAAGACCAUGUUAUACAUACUUGGGUUGGGUUGAAUAAAGUACAGUCUAAUCAAAUAUUUAAUGAGGUUACUCCGUUAACGGAAGUACCUAGAGGGUCUGUUGCUUUGGCUACUUACUUAAUUAAACUAAGGACAGGUGACUCUAACGAUAGAUUGUCAUCAUUAUUAAAAGUGUUAAGACGAACUCUGGAAAAAUGGUUGAAAGAAAUCCAACAUUUGCUUACAGAGUAUUUUGUGCCUAAGCAAUUAAGUCUAAACCAUAUAAAUAGGCAAGAAAUUAAAGAAAGAAAUCUUUCAAUACCGAAUGCUUUGUUUGGUGAUUUUGAAGGUGAAAAUAGGCCUGUUGUAAUAUUUGAUGGGAUAUAUUGCUAUAUUGAAAAAAUUUCUAAUUAUCUCUACCAAAAAAGAACAUAUAAUUUACAUAAAUAUAGAAACUUAGUUAAACCAUUUAUAAUUGCGUGCACUGAUGAAUAUAUCAUAGACGUUUUAGGCCCCUAUCCAGCCACAAUUUCAUAUGCAGAUAUCAUGAGAAAAGAAUUUUCAGAUGGAAGCCCACUUAGAGAAUAUUUUAUGCAAGGUGAUGCUUUCAUACUUGAUAGGGGCUUUCGUGAUUCAUUACCUAUACUAAACCAAUGUGGGUACAGAAUUUACGUGCCUGCUUCCUUAAGGGAGGGCGAAACACAACUAUCAACCAGUGAAGCUAAGAAUUCCAGAGCAGUCACCAUAUGCCAUUGGGUUGUGGAGGUGGUCAAUGGAAGAUUCAAACGUGAUUUUAAAUUGUUAAGACAAAAUUAUUCUAAUACAACGGCAAAAAAAUUUAUGUUAGAUUUUGAAGUGGCUGCUGCCCUUUUAAAUGCUUUUCACCCUCCCAUAGUAGACCGUGUUGAUGCUGGGGAAAUAAUUCAACAAAUAAAUAUGUUUAUGAAUACCGAAAACGAACUAGCCCAUUAUAUUAUAAGAAAUAAUUACAAUAAACGCAGGGCUGAUUUCCAAACAAUAAGUAUCCAAAAUGACAAUUUGAACGAUUUUCCCCAGCUUACUUAUAGUGAACUUAAAUUAAUUUCGUUAGCUCUCGCAGCCGCCGAGAAUCUAUUCUUCAAUAUUAUUGUAAUUGUAAGUAUUGUAGGGAAACGCACAGUAGGCUGCUACGCCCAUAUAAUGUCAAUUAUAUGGUACCUUAGUUGGGCGAGGUAUCAGGACAAUAUAGUGCCACCUGCACAGAUCCUUGAUGAUAUUUUAAUAAUUAUUGAAGACGAUUAA